UGUAUUAUUGGACAACAACCCUCGGUCAAUAGGACAACGAUUUGACCCAUUCGGAAACACUGGGAGUUUUUUGUUUCCUCCCAACGAAGACCUUUUCCACAAUGAGUGCAUCGGAACGCAUCACGCACGCACAUACGCAUCACAAUCCCUACGCAAAGCGCCGAAGAGGCGGCGGCUGCUACGCCGUUGCAAACCAGUGCUCGUCCUCCUCGUCGUCCUGUGCUGCGGUUGCGUCGGGCAUAUACUUCUCGUACGACGAAGCAAAACAACAGAUCGUCGAGAGCCGCCGGGCGUCGUUGUCGUCGCUGGCCUCCGAUGCCGGUGUCAAAUUCCAGAGAUUCGACAAGGUUAGCGACGCCGAACUCUUUUUGCACGAGCGCGGCUUUGUCCCGACGAUCGAGUCUGGCGGAUGGAUUUCGGCCCGGGAUCGAUCGCCGAUCCUAUACGAGUACUCACUCGCGAAGCAAGCCGCGAACAACAGCAACAAGAGCAGCAGCGGCAAAGGGAGUAGCUCGCAUCCCACCGUCCGCGUGACACCGACCAGUAAUCUAAUAAAUACAAACUCUGAAGCCGUUUCACAAAGACUUUGGCCGAACAACGAACAUCAAAGAGAGCAUGUGCAUGCAACAGAUCAUAGCCGUUAUCAACAGCAGCAUCAAGAUCAACAUCAACAUCAACAGCACCCCUACAUCCAUUCUACUCAGCCCGUCAUAUCGAUUGAUAGCAGUCCCGAAUCCUCGCUGCCUCCGGCAGCUGCCGCAUGUUCGUCGUAUUUCCAGCAGAAAGAGCUUGUAGUUUCACCGAGCCGAAAACGCCAAAAGCGCCGGCGACCCCGGUCGAACUCAAACUCGGAAUCAUCGUCGAUCUCUGUCUUGGACGACGAUGAAUUCGACUUCUACGACCGGCAACAACACGACUCAAAACCAACAGCGAAAGGCGAAAACUCAAAACACGGCGAGAACAGAGACGAGAACACAUCUACUUCCACUCCAGACGUACAGUGCCAGGCGUGCCCGGAAUUCGAUAUCGUCCAGCAAAGGGCCAUCGAUGCGGCGUUGAUCGGAAAGAACGUCUUUCUGACCGGCGUGGCCGGUACGGGAAAAUCGCUCGUGACAAAGGUCCGUGCCAAACAUCCAGGAAUCCAAACCCAAACGCGAACCAACGAAUCGAAUCAAGUAGCAGCUUAGUUGCAAAUUCUCGGGUUUUCUUUGCCUUCCAUUUCCCCCUUUGUUUUUAACUCGUUUCUAUUUCCUCUACUUCUUUUCUUUGUACACCCAAACCAUCGUUAUUUCGCUCACAAGAGAAUCGUGGAAGACGCCAAAUGCAUGCGGAAGGAAGUAGCGGUUGCGGCGCCAACCGGAGUUGCUGCGGUGAACCUCGGCCCGGAGCUAGGAGCGCAAACCGUUCAUUCGCUGGCGGGCGUUGGAGUUCCGCAAACAGCCUCUGGCUUCGAAAAAAUGCUGUCGCCGUGGACCGCCAAGAAAUGGAAGAAGAUUGAGGUUCUUGUGCUGGACGAGAUUGGAAUGCUCGGGGCUGAUUUCUUGGAUUGGAUGGACGUCUACGUUCGGAAGGCACGGAAGAAACCCUUAGAGGUGAGCUUAGCACAGUCCUUUGCUUUGCCUUUCCAUUUUCCUUGUUGUUGUCGUCAUUUUCUAUCGGCAUACAUUUGCAUUUGUAUUUGCGUUUGGUCACUAUCCGCAAAAGUCUACUGAUUCACAACUGAACACAACGCCACCGUUACCAUCUACUCACCGUGUAUUUUAAAUCGAUACCGAAUCAAUCGCUCUGGUUUAGCCGUUUGGUGGAAUUCAGCUCAUCUUUGUCGGUGAUUUUGCACAGCUAGGUCCUAUUCCUGGUCGGGGACAUUCGUUGCGAAAUAAAGCCUUUGAACCAGAUCAACCAGGUACGGCACGGCAAGCACAACUCGUUUUGCUGGUUUUCGAUUUUUUCAAGCGUCGAUUUUUGGCCUCGUUCUCAUUGAAUUCACGCUAACAGUCAUUGCUAUCCUGUUUUGAAAUGGAAUCGAAAGGAGCGGAUUGUCUGAUGGGUGUCAGCGAAUGCGCUGCCUACGCUUUUCAGACGGUGCUAUGGAGGUGCGAUCCAACUAUUUCUCUGCAAUUGUAGAAGUCAUUGUCAUUCUUACGGUUUGAAUGAGAAACCACAAAAAUCAGUUGCGUCUUUACUUCACUUAACAACUCGUGUCAUUUGUUUUGAAUUUUCUUGUUAUUGUACUUUCCACAGAGAGGCUGAUUUCCAUCACGUGCACUUGCGGAAGGUGUAUCGGCAGAAAAACAAAGACUUCCAGUUGGCUCUGAUGGACAUUCGUGAAGCAAGAGCAGACAGCCGGCGAGUGAAGACUCUCGUUGACAUUUGUUUGUCUCCACUCGACGACCGUGAAGGGCUCGAAAUCCCGGAAGGCAUCAAACCAACAAUUUUGUAUUGCACGAAUCGGAACGUGGACAAAGAGAACUUUGAAAAUCUUAGAAAGCUAAGUGACCGGGGGAAAACGUUUGAAGCAACCGAUCAUACAUCCAUCAGCAGUGAUGUAAAUUUGGCUGGCCGAGACGCCGUUGGUCGGCUGCUAAAGAACAAUGCCUUCUUCAAAGAUUGCUCCGCAUCGAAACAGAUCCACCUCAAAGUUGGAGCUCAGGUCAUGCUGUUGCAAAAUCUAGAUAUCAAGCAAGGCCUAGUGAACGGCAGCCGUGGAGUUGUGGAAAAGUUCGCUCUCUGUCCCGUGGUGAAAGACAUCAUCCACGGACAAGAGCAAUUGAUCGGUCCUGGCGACAUAGACAAAUUUCCCGGCUGCCGCUUUGAGGACCUCAAGUUCAACCAAAAAACAGAUUUCGAGGGGAAAAUCUGGUACGAAAAGAUAGCGGCAAAUGAAAAGUCGUUCCUGCUCUACCGCAUUUGCUAUUCCAUUUCCUUUUGCGUUGUGACAGAUGUUCGAGCUCCAAUACGUGGUAGUUUCUAAACCUUUCGUUCCAUCCGUCUUUGUCCCUUUGAUUCGCAUCUCCUGUAGGAGAAUUUGUCGCUUUGACAGAUAUCCACUGGUCCGUUUUGUCAACAACGUGAGUCGCAUAAUUGUUCCCGAAAUAUUUGAACGUUCUCUUUAUCGACAAGGGAAGUGCAUGCGCGAACAGAUCCCACUUCGAUUGGCGUGGGCUCUAACAAUCCACAAGAGCCAGGGCUCAACCCUGGACUACGUUGUGUGCGACUUGCAGGGGUGUUUCACCAGUGGGCAGGCAUAUGUUGCCCUUAGCCGGGCAAGGUCGAUGCAGGGUCUACAGAUCAGAAAUUUUAGCUCGAAACACGUCACGGCUGAUCCAUUAGUGGAGGCAUUCUACGAUGCUUUGGAUAGGGACGAUAUGAGAAAUUUUCUAUACCACCAGGCUGGUAAGCGUGAGCAGAGUACAACAUACGAUCCGUUUUCGUUGGGUUUUCCAUGGUAGAUUUUUCGACGGCAGUUUCUAAUUUUUAUCGCUUUCCUUCUGUCUUCAUAACAUGAAAAAGGACUCUGGUGGUUUCCGAUAUUGAAGUCACCGUCGUGGCUAAAAAUGUUCCAAUACGCAAGUUCUAAAUCUGCGCGACUGAACGCGAAGCAGUUCCGUUCCUGGGUAGCCGAGUACAAGCCACUCGAAGGUUACCAGGGAUGGGGGGCCUGAUGGAUAGUAUGCGUGUGUCUGUGUGAGAGAGAGACAACAUUAUUCAGCACGUAUCCAAAUAAAAUUUCGAGUGAAUCAAAGAAGUUGGUCCGUGUCAUAUCAUGCGAUACCGUAUUUGAUACAAUACAGAAGAACGAUAGGUUAGUGGAGAAAGAAAUAUCUCUUAUAGACUGUACCGCACUCGUGCUGUAUUAAGGGUUGGGGGCUGUCCAGCGCAGAUCCAUGGGAGGGCGAACCAGAUCAGGGUCAAACCGACGCGAUUCCCUUCCCCGCCUCCUUCCGACGCCUGGCAACGGCGACCGUUUUCUCCGACACCUUCUUCCCCUGGCCCCAGUGCGCAAGAUUCAUUCUUUCAGCAACGUAGUGAAUCAGCUUGCGUUUUCGGCCACCCAUGCGUGUGGGGAAGACCAGGACCUCGUUGUGUUGGUGGCUACCGCUUCUCUGGUCGGGGCCAGCCUUGCCGGUGCGCACCAAAAAGUCGGCAAUGGUAUUUUUGACUUCCUCCUCCUCUGCCUCCGUCCAGUCGUUCCGAACACUCUUUGAGAAUUUUCCGACAGUGUUUCCCGAGGAAGAAGCGGGGGGGGCUGUACCACUGGGAGCAAGGGCCGUUGGCGAUGGAGAGUGUGUCCCCAACAAGUGCGAUUUUGCAACGCAAACGUCGGCUAGGCAUUCCGCGUCCGGGGUGCAGAAGUAGGCCCCUGGAUCGUUCAAGCCUUCACCUUCUUCAUAGGCCCCCGGUUUCCAGGCCACCAGGAUAUCGUUUUUCGGCGUGACCUCCAAAGGUUCCAUUUUCGUCAGAGCGGUCCGAUAGUGGUGGGAUUCAAGAAACAACCUCCGGUCCGUUUCCAGUAGGGCCUUGGCCGUCCGCCGGCUCGCGUUCCGGCUCGUUCGAAACUCCUGCUCGUUGCUGUAGUCAGCAGCCUUGGCUAGUGCGUUCCAGUCGUCCCCGCUUCUCAUGUUUUCGCCGUUGUCCCCGUCGUUGCCGCCGCUAUCGGUUCCCAGGAGCCGGCAAAACAGGGCAGACUGGGGGUAGCGAACGGUCGCAUCGUUUUGUCCCGUCGCGUGGUAGAUGUCGGGAUUGAAUGCGCCGGCCGAGAGCUUUCCAACGCAGCACGGGGCCACAACGAUGGCCGCCGCGGCAUUUAGGACCGCCGCUCGGAGGCAGACGUCGGUGGCCUGCCCGCAGAGGUGAAGUGCGAUCGCAACGUCGAAGCCCUCUCCAACAAAGCCCUCGACUGGAC